CCUUCCUCUGGUUCAUUAAACUGCAUUUCCUCCCAAUGCUGCCAGUCGAAGGAUUUCAGCACACUGAGGUCUGGGCUGUGGUGCAAGAAGGGAAAAUCCUUACGCAUGACGACACCAUGUUUAAAGUGAGAAACAGAAGACCACACACGAUGUCCAGCAGUGUGCUGUGUGGUCGGGGCCGGCUGGUCCUUUCUAAGACUGCUGGCCAUCAAGUACUAGCUGCCCUGCGAGUGGGCAGAACCAGAACCUUCUCUGCUGCUAGCUCAGACGAGCCGUACAUAUCUUCAUCACACACAGACUCAGGCCCCAGGACCGUGUGGCCCGAUGAGAGCAUGGGACCGUUUGGACCUCAGGAUCAGCGCUUUCAGCUGCCGGGUAACUCUGGCUUCGACUGCCACCUGGAGGGCAUGGGCCACCAAAAGAAAUUAAAGACUCCAGUCCACAGGACGGUGCCGGACGUACUGACGGCCCCCAGCUGCACGGAGAGACACCAGUUCAUCCUGGCCCAGUUCGUAAAUGAGUUCCAGGGGAAUUUGGGUGGUAUCGAUUCGAGAGUGAACAAAGCUGAGCAGUACUUCCAUCAGACGGACACAGACUGCGCCAUCAGCUCCUGCCCCGAGCUGCUGAGGAAAGAUCUGGAGCUGAUGUUCCCCUCAGCGCCCACCGCCUCCAUCACCGUGGUGACGGUCACUCAGAGUAACAGUCGGUGUGAGGAGGAGGAAGAGCAGGACCGAGAGCAGCAGCUCAACAAAGUGAGUGCUGUCACCUAUUCUGCAAAGUCCUCUUCUUCAUGUCUCUUCUACAUCAACAUGUGUCCCCUCUU